UAACGUCUGGCUCUGUCUUGUUUCGGCAUACGUUGGAGACCACCCGGCGUGAUGCGGCACACGUUGCUGGUACGACUGUUCAUGAUAGAUAAGGAGUCGCUUGGACCCUUGAUGGACAGCAUGCGGGAUCUGUCAUUAUCAAGGCGGACCGGCACUUGCGGAACUAUUCUCAAUAACCACCAUGAUGCAGUGUUCAUCGAUGUUGGCUCUAUGUUUGACCAUUUCACUGUCAUGGAUGGUGGUCGCCCAGGUCACUUCGCCGAACCAAGCCGCCGCUGCAAUGCUCUGGCCGCCAGAUAGGCGAUGGGGAGCAGCCGUGGACAACACGGAGCCAUGCGGUUCGGCGCAAAGCGUUUGGAAUCGAACGGAUUUCCCGCUGACAAAUGGACGGAUUGCAAUGGCAAUGCAGGACGACGCAUACAACGUUACUAUAUCGAUAUCGUACCUCGCCAAUCCGACCGCAAACAAUGACUUCGAAGAGGUUCUCAAUCCUGAGCGCGACUCCGAACUCACAGAAUUUGAUCCCGGCCAUCAAUGUUUCGACGUGCCUGAUGCGCCGUCUGGGACUGUCGCGGGACAGUCGGCAACGAUCCAGUUGAAUUAUAUCUCCGAUUUCGAUAAUGAUGGUAACAAGACCUUUUAUGCUUGUUCCGAUGUCACGUACGUUGCGGUUCAGAGCUUUAAUGCUACGAGACUAAGCGGUGUAUGCUUCGAUACCGACUUCGAUCCUGGUGAUCCUUUAGUGCAUCCGAGCAUUACUGCUAGCCCUACCACUCUUCCCAGUGCGGAACAGAGUGAUAAAAAGAGUGGACUUUCUGGGGGCGCAAUCGCAGGUAUUGUUGUUGGUGUCGUUGUCGGAGGUGGAGCACUCCUGAUUGGAGCUUUCCUCUUGUACAGGAGGCGGGGGCAAAGGAUGAGGAGGGACGAGGCUGUCAAUGUCAGGAUGAAUGAGUUGACAAGUCCAACAAAAAGGCUAGAUGAGUCGGGUUCAGAAAGGCAGGUUUAGAAAGGCAGGCUUGAUAAGACAAUUUGAGUCGUGAGGAAUUUAUCAGGUGUAGCUGAUUCGAAAGAGCUAAGAAAGGUUUUCCGAUCGAUUGAUUAGCCUGCGACUAUGUCAUCUCCAUCUGUCGUGCGUGAUGCGUGUCGCACGGUGCCAUUCAUAGAUCUAUCACGAAUCCGGAAGCGUCCUUACAAAGAAUGCCAAGUAGAGUUCAUCAAUGUAGUCAUUGUCGCAAGUAUCAGUGACACUGCUGGUCGACGAUCAGAUACGGAAAAUGGGUAGAGUUCCGGUCCAGGGUGUUAGGGUGACCGGGCGAAGCUGUUUGUCCCGAGUAUGGUGAGAUGGUUCCAAGACUUUACUAGUCCCCAGCUUGUGGGAGCGAAACAAGAUUCCUGGAUGUGACUAGAGGUUAAAUACACACAUAUGUCAUGUUUGACUUACUGACAUGUAUUACGCUGCAUGAUGCUCCUGCUCUUUCGUCAUAG